UGCAUGCAUGGCAGGAAAUGAUUGUGCAGAGUUGCAUUCCACAUCUAUAAAGAGAAUUGAACAAGUAGAUUAUAGUAAACUGACUGAUCUGCAAGUACUACAAGAUAGAUCUACAAGAUGAGAUGCACACUUUCUAUAAUUUCAUGUAUUUUGUUGGUGCUUCAGCAGCUGGUGUCUGGACAGCAGUGUACAGUCGGUCGUGUGGGCAGUACAAGGACUGGUACAAUGAGGAAUAGAGCAGAAAAUGAGUUCUACAUUGAUCGUGGUAAUCGUGCUGGAUGUGCUGGGAUGAUCACCUCACUCUCUUACUGUUUCCAUCGACCACCAGGAAAUGUUCCAGUUGCUAACGAGUACCUGACUACAGUUGCUGUGUACAGACCAGCGAGUACAAAUGCAAAUGAGAAUGUAUUUACUGUUGUUUCUUCACCAAUCACAAUACACAAGUCAGCUGUAGAGUUUCAAACUGAAUUAAACGCUGCUACUGAUACAAACUUUGCCUUUGCCUGCUCUGUAUUUAUCCUACCACAACCAGUACCCAUGGCGACUGGUGAUGUUCUUGGAGCGUGUGUGUUUGACCCUGAUGACAUUACAAGUGGUGUCACUACCUACCGUCUUGAUAUAGUCAGUAGAGCUCGUGGCGGUACUGAAGACCUUGUGAGAACAAACACAGAUCCCAGUAGCCCACCUGCUGGCUGCAGUGCCACUACUGUGCCAGGUUCUUUUGAUAGAGGUGCACCUGGUACUGGUAAUAGAGGUAGUGCUGACAGAUCUCUUCAUCUCUCAGCAAACAUAGAAGUGGUUACAACUGAAGCACCUACAAUGGGAGCAACUACGAUGGAAGCGACUACGAUUGAAGUGACUACUAUGGAACCGACUAUCAUGGAAACGACUACCAUGGAAGCGACUACCAUGGAAGCGACUACCAUGGAAGCGACCACCAUGGAAGCGACUACCAUGGAAGCAACUACGAUGGAAGCGACUACCAUGGAAGCGACUACCAUGGAAGUGACUAUCAUGGAAGCGACUACCAUGGAAGCAACUACAAUGGAAGCGACUACACCUUCUAUAACUACAUCUGAACCGACUGCAAACACCAUCACUCCUGAAGACGUCACGACAGACGUGACCUCAGCGGGUGGUCCACUGAUUACUGAUGGAAACUCUACUACAGUAACCAUAAACCGAGGGAUAACGAGCAACCCUGAUGCCACCACUGCACAAUCCAUUGGUGGUGGGGGAGGUGGUUCUAAUGUAGCAACUAUUGCCAUUGCUUUGGUAGUUGUACUCAUUGUUGUGGUCAGCCUAGCUGCCAUCAUGGUGAUAGUCAUCAUUCUUGUGUCAAAGAGAUUGAAAAAGGUCAAGAAAUCAUACGCAAUGACCACCAACUCAGAAAACCAGUUGUACUCGGCAGUGGCUGGUGCUAAAAGCUUGGAGAGAGCUAAACGGGAACAACCACAGCCACAGCAGCAAGGCAGUCAGUGGCCCACACAGUCCCAGGAGCAUGUGUAUGAGGUGUUCAGUCUUAACCAGUCAAUGGAGUCCACCUACGCUGAAGUUGGGCCCUUUGGUGCACUGAAUGGUUAUGAGGUUGUCUAUGAGUCUCCACUGGAUGCCCCGGCUAUCAGCUACCAUCAACUGUUUGAAAAGAACAAGGAAGAGGACAUUUAUGUCAGAGAAAAUCCGUACGAAACACCAGCAUCUAUAGAGAACGAUAUCUAUGCUCAGUUGCAGACCUGGAGGGUGACACAAUUGAACAGAGAAGACAUUAAGAUUGCUGGUCAUCUUGGGUCUGGUCAGUUUGGCAGUGUGGAGCAAGGAGUGUGGAAGAGACAGGGAACUCAACCAGUGGACGUGGCACUCAAGAGUCUCACCAAAACAUCAGAGGAGGACAAAGUCAAGUUCCUCCAAGAAGCCGCCAUCAUGGCUCAGUUCAGACACCUUAACGUUAUCAUGCUCCAUGGAGUAGUCACCAGUGGAGACCCUAUGAUGCUUGUGGUGGAAAUGGCGAAGAAAGGUGAUUUACGACAAUUUCUCCUAUCUCUUCGACCUGACCCAGGGCAGUUAAUGCCGAGCAACACAUUGUCAAUGUUACUGAAGUUCUCUCAACAAGUUGCUCUUGGGAUGCAGUACCUUUCAGCUAAAGGAUUUGUGCACAGAGACAUGGCUGCUAGGAAUGUACUAGUGACAACAAAUGACAUAUGCAAGGUUGCUGAUUUCGGAAUGUCCCGAGAUCUUGCUGAUGAGAACUACUAUGUCUCACAAGGAAGAGACAAGAUCCCCGUCAAGUGGACAGCCCCUGAGGCCAUUCACUACAAGAAGUACUCGACUGCCAGUGAUGUAUGGGCCUACGGGUGUCUGCUCUAUGAGAUAUGGAGUAUUGGGCACAAGCCGUUUGAAGGAAUAUCUAAUCAAGAGGCUAUUCGACUCAUUGAUUCUGGUCAGCGUCUUCCUCCACCUCCUGGCUGCCCUAACAUGAUCUACGAGCUCAUGAUACUAUGUUGGCAUCCUGAGAGCUCCCAACGUCUUGUGUUUCGUGAUGUCGUGCUCACUCUUGUUGGCAGUGAGAAGAUGGUCCUGAGCAUUCCCGAGGAGGACUCCUCCACUAACCCACUGGCUGGAGUAUUGGGAGCUCCACUGGAGGCCGGGGAGAAUAUGUACUCGAAGCUGCAAAGGAGAUAUAUACAUUGAUUGUUUCCAUGGAGGUGCAGCUGCUAAAACUGUUUCGAUAUUGAAGUGUCCCAUUAAAUAUGCCAUGCACAAAUUGUUUUUUCCCUUUUUUGUGAUGUCAUAAUUUUAUCCUUGUCACUAUAAUAAUUAUAAUUAUAUAAACAAAUGAUUGUUGUAUUUCAAAGCUAGCUCAAUACAAUAAUUAGUGUUGAGCUGAGCUCAGCAUUG